UGAUCUGUGGUGUAUGCAGGAAGAGUGCGAACUAGUGAAAAUUGAUAUACAUUGCCGUGUUCAAGGAGAUAUUGUUCUUGAGUGCAUCCAUUUGGAGGACGAUUUUCUGAGGGAAGAGACGGUUUUUAGAGUUAUGUUUCAUACGGCUUUUGUCCGUUCAAAUGUGUUGGUGCUGAACCGCGAUGAAGUUGAUAUUCUUUGGGAUGCCGAAGACCAAUUUUCGAGGGAUUUCAAAGCAGAGGCGCUCUUUUCAGAUGCAAAUUCUGUUUCAUCUGUUAUCACAGCAGAAGAAGAAGAAGUAAGUAAAACUGUCUCGAAAAAGCAGCUAAAUUCCAGUUCAAAAUCGAAGCAGCAAGAGUUACAGCCUCCUGUAGCAAGACUAGCAAAGCCAAAUGCUUCAUCUAAGUGGAUACCUACUAACAAAGGUUCUUACUCUAAUUCGAUGCAUGUUUACUAUCCUCCGACGAGAUAUAACAGUGCUCCAGCAGCAUUAGCCGAUGGCAAAGAUUCACCACCUUCGGCUACACCGCCGCCGCCACCACCACCUCCACCUCCACCCCUUACUCAUGCAUCUUCUUUACCUUCUCCCAUCAUGGGAAAACCCUCUCCACCUCCACCACCGCCACCACCUCCACCUUCAAUGCCUUGGGAUUAUUUUUUUCAUUGGCCUAGCCCUUCACAGCCUCCUCCUCCCCCACCUCCACCUCCACCUCCCUCGCGUGGUGGACCACCUGCUCCUCCUCCACCUUCCAUUUAUGGAGUUUCUUCGUUUCCUUCGCAACACUCUAGGACCCCAUCAGCUCUUCCCCCUCCUCCACCACCGCCACCUCCUUCUUUUGGUGCACUUCCUCCAGCCCCUCCUCCUCGUGGACUACUUCCACCUCCGCCACCGCCACCGCCACCUCCACCUCCUUCUUUUGUUUCGUUUCCUUCAUCCCCUUCCCCUCCACCUCCUCCCUUUCGUGGAGCUCCACCACCUCCACCACCGCCACCUUCUUCUUGUUGUGCAAUUCCUCAAGCCCCUUCUCCUUGUGGUCCAUCUCCACCACCACCGCCUCCUUCUUUUGGUGCACUUCCUCAAGCCAUUCCUCCUCGUUGUCCACCUCCACCACCACCGCCACCUCCUCUUUUUGGUGCACUUGCUCCAGGUUCCUAUGAAGCUCAUUCAACACCACCAGUCACUUGUAGAUGUGGAUUCCAGUUGCCAGUGAUUACAUCACGGACACCAGACAAUACAGGGAGAAGAUAUCGCGCUUGCCCAAACUAUGGGAAAGCCGGCUAUUGUGGUGUGUACAUGUGGUUGGAUCCUGAAAUAUUUGACCGAUCCAAGAUGACUAUCCCUGAAUUGCUCCAAAACAUGAACAAACUAAGAGAAGAAGUGGAUAGUUACAAAGAGAAAGAAGCAGAGAUGAAUAAGGAAAGAAAGUCAAUUAAAAAACAAAUAAAGAAGCUAGAGAAGCUCACUGCAAUGAACAAUAGAAGAAUGAACUUGCAAGUUGUAGUGUUUGCAACCAUUGUACUCCUUAUUGCCAUAUUUGUUAUGAAAAUACAAAUUGGUAAAUAA